AUGUCAUCAAAUGGUGAUCCUCCGCAAGAAGACGCUGCUCGCGGGAGUGAGAGCAGAGAUUCCAGCACACGCCGAUCCUCCAAUAUUAUCGAGUUUGUCGAUAGCCAGAAUCCCAAUGUCAGAAGUGCCAUCCAACGGCAUACCGCGUAUCAUUCAGCGGCACAACGUCGAGAAGCGCGGGCGCGACUUCUUCGGCGGUCCAGCCAGACUCGCUACUUCGAAUGGACCCGACGUCCCAGGGGGGACGCAGAUGUUGCAACUUCUUCAGCCAGCAGCGCCAGUUCGGUGUCGAUUUCGCCGGCACCCUCAAUCCCCGGAAGACCGGAUCUGCCCAGUCGUACAACCAGUGACGAACAAGAAGCUGGUUCAUCUACAAGUGACGCGGCCGCAGACUCCGCGAUCGAAAUGUUACCAUCCGCACCUCAGAUAGCCAUCUCUGCUGAUGACUCGGUACUGGAAUUUUUACGAGCCACAUUCUGCGAUCAUUAUCAAUCAAGCGACGUGUUGGAAUCGGCGCUGGUAUUUAUGCUUGAGAACGAAGCUUCUCGACAUCUGCUCAUUGCCUACGCCUACGCACUGCGGAGGUCGCGCGCACUUGCCGAGGAAAGCCCUCAGGACCAGGUGGAAGCGGAAAGAAAUCUCGGUCGAGGUACUAACAUUCUUUGGAACCGGCUCCGAACGCCAGGGCAUGCCAGUUCUGACGCCAACAUCCAGGCUGUGCUCUUGUUGGUGGCGUACACCGCGGAUUUCGGGGACCCAAACGAGGUUCGUCUUCAUGCCGAUGCCUUGAGGACAAUGAUCGACCAGCGUGGCGGCAUUGACACGUUUACCCAUAACCUUGCACUCCAGCAUCAACUAUGGGUGAUAGAAGUGUCGCGACGGUUCCAUUUGAGCCUGGAUUGCGAGCCGAGCUGCCCAGAUCCACUUCGGUUUCCCGACGGUCUUCGACUGCGACAUGGAGGUGAGGGAGGUUGA